AUGGACAGUGAACAUCGUGUCAUUCUGAAUGUUGGUGGAAUUCGGCAUGAAACUUAUACUCAUGUACUUAAAAAGAUUCCUGCUACAAGACUAUCUAGAUUGACACCGAACCUGGCAAAUUAUGAUCCCGUAUUGAACGAAUACUUUUUUGAUCGUCAUCCCGGUGUUUUUUCAAUGAUUCUCAAUUACUAUCGAACAGGCAAAUUACAUUAUCCAACAAAUGUAUGUGGUCCUUUAUUCGAAGAUGAAUUAGAGUUUUGGGGUCUUGACGCCAAUCAAGUUGAACCGUGUUGUUGGAUGACAUAUACGCAACAUCGAGAUACACAAGAAACGUUAGCGGUGAUUGAAAGCUUAGACUUAGAUGCUGACCCACCAACUCAGGAAGAAAUAGCAAAAAAAUUCGGCUGGGAAGAUGAUUAUUAUUCGGGAAAUUUAUCCAAGUGGCAAAAACUGAAGCCAAGAAUAUGGGCACUUUUUGAUGAGCCUUGGUCCUCGCAAUAUGCUAAGAUGAUUUCAUGCUGUUCUGUAUUUUUCGUCAUCGCCAGUAUCAUUUCAUUUGUCCUCAAAACACAUCCAGCAUUCCAAAUACCAUCUAUAACAGGUCAGUUUAUAUUCUUGACUAACCUUCCUUUAUCUUCAGAAUAUCACCGAAUUAUUUACAAAAUUUGUUUUAAAUUUCUGGUUCGCCUAAUAUUCGCUCCAUCACUGCAACGAUUUUUCCAGUCACCGAUCACGAUUAUCGACUUAUUAGCAACAGGAUCGUUUUAUUUGGAUUGGCUUGUAACCAGUUUUACAACUAAUGAAAAUAGUUCUGAUUCUAUUGACUUUUUAUCUAUUUUAUGCGUUUUAAGGCUUUUUAAACUCACGCAACAUUUCAGUGGACUGAAAAUCCUUAUACAGACAUUUAAGGCAUCAGCACAAGAGCUUUUAUUAUUGGUAUUUUUUGUUGUAUUGGCAAUUGUCAUAUUUGCUGCUCUUGUAUAUUACGCUGAACGAAUUGAGAAAAAUCCACAAAAUCAGUUUACUUCAAUACCAGCUGGUUUGUGGUGGGCAAUCGUAACAAUGUGUACUAUUGGAUUUGGUGAUAUGGUUCCCAAAACAUAUUUGGGUAUGUUAGUGGGUUCAUUAUGUGCACUGAUGGGUGUUUUAACUAUUGCAUUACCUGUGCCAGUUAUUGUUGCUAACUUUUCCAACCUUUACUCUCAUUCACAGGCUCGUGCAAAAUUGCCAAAGAAAAGGAGACGAGUGUUGCAAGCACAUGAAAUUAAGACUCCACUAAAAUUCUCAAAAUCAAGAAAGAAGUCUCAUGACGAAAAGAGUAAUAUAUUUAUUAUUUUUACUUUGUUGCCGGAAAAAAAAUUCAAUGGUGGCCUUGGCUUCGGUGAUGGAUUAAUGCAUUCAGAGAAAUGA